CACGAAACGGACCGGAUCGCACUCACACAGGCACAGUCGCGCCUGUUCCUCUCUUCCAUUUAGCGGUAGCUGCAUAGCGCCGCUCAGUCGCUGCCGAUCACGGCGAAGCAAUUACGCCUUCGCCUCGCCUGUGUGUCCGGAUUCAGCGAGGCCUCGACUGGCUAAGCUUAGCAACAAUCUCGGCUACAGCGGUCUCGGUCGGUGCCGGAAGAGAAAUGGGUGACCUCCACCACACCUGGUUGAAGGCACGCAAGGUGUUUGUAAGAAUGCUUAGUAGUGGAGGCGGGGCCAGUGUGGGCUGUGAUACCCUGCUGGACGCCUCAGACCUCGCCAAGCGCCUCUGCAAGCUCAUCAUCUCCUGCCGAAAGGCCUCAGCCGUCGAGCAUGAGCUCGACCAUAGCGGCGUCCGCGUCACGCCGGAGGUCGCAGAGCGCGUCCUCGAGCGCCUCGACAACGCCGGCAUGCUCGCGUACCGCUUCUUUGAGUGGGCGCGCAGGCAGAAGCGCGGCGGGUGUGCCCAUACCGUGCGCUCCUACCACACGGUGGUCGCGUCCCUAGCCAAGAUCAGGCAGUACCAACUCAUGUGGGACGUCGUGGCCGUCAUGCGCAAGGAGGGCGUGGCCAAUGUUGAGACGUUCAGCAUCAUCAUGCGCAAAUAUGCCCGGGCACAGAAGUUUGAUGAGGCAGUUUACACGUUCAACAUCAUGGAGAGGUAUGGUGUUGCCCACAACCUAGCUGCCUUUAACAGCUUGCUCGGUGCACUGUGCAAGUCUAAGAACGUGCGUAAGGCGCAGGAGAUCUUUGACAAGAUGAAUAAUCGGUUCAGUCCUGAUGCCAAGACCUAUAGCAUCUUGCUUGAGGGUUGGGGGAGAGCACCCAACCUCCCAAAGAUGCGAGAGGUUUAUAGUGAUAUGCUUGCCGCUGGUUGCCAACCUGACAUUGUCACAUAUGGUAUCAUGGUUGAUGCACUCUGCAAGACAGGCCGAGUCGAAGAGGCUGUCUGUGUCGUGCAGGACAUGAGCUCCAGGGGAUGCCAACCGACAACCUUCAUAUACAGCGUCUUAGUGCAUACUUAUGGAGUUGAUAUGAGGAUUGAGGAUGCUGUUGCAACAUUUUUGGAUAUGGAGAAGGAUGGGAUUGUGCCUGAUGUUGUUGUGUACAAUGCGCUCGUCACUGCCUUCUGCAAAGUGAAGAAGUUUGACAAUGCCUUCAGAGUCAUGGAUGACAUGGAAGGCCAUGGAAUCUCCCCGAAUUCAAGGACCUGGAACAUCAUCCUAAAUACUUUGAUUAGCCUUGGAAAGGAUGAUGAGGCAUAUAGGGUCUUCCGCAACAUGAUUAAGCGCUGCAAACCAGAUUCUGAUACUUACACCAUGAUGAUAAAGAUGUUCUGUGAGAAUGAUAAGAUAGAGAUGGCACUGAAGGUAUGGAAGUAUAUGCGGUUGAAGCAGUUCUUGCCGAGCAUGCACACAUUCUCUGUGCUGAUCAAUGGUCUCUGUGACAAGGGUGAGGUUAGCCAAGCUUGUGUCCUGCUUGAAGAUAUGAUAGAGAAGGGCAUUAGACCUCCUGGUUCAACUUUUGGCAAGCUGAGGCAGCUACUUUUGAAAGAAGGAAGGAAGGAUGUGCUUGACUUCCUUGUCGAGAAAAUGAAGAUGCUCAUUCAAGAACCUUUGUUUGAUUGACCCUUCACUCCUCCAUUGUGCUAUUUAUGAAUCUUUAUCUGAGUUUCUGUUGGUGAUACUCUUCAUGGUUCAUGUGCCACUCCAGCUGCUGAGUAUAUGCAGUUAUCGUUUAGGUUUUAUGAACAGAUGCUCCCAGUUCAAGGAUGAAUGGAUGCCCAACCAAGCUAUGGCUGUGUUAUUAACGUCUCACUCAACCAUUACUACUAUCAAUUAUCAAACAUCUCAUGGCCAAAAUGCUUAACUGCUGAUAUAUUAGCUCACCAGAAACUUUUGUGUUGUAAGACUCAGACUUGAGUCCUCCAAAAGCAAUGAACUACAUGUGGUCAAUCGAUCAAGAGGAGCUGUUCAGCGCAAGAAUCCUACAAGGACUGGUGUCAGUCACAAGUGUCCAUGUUCUAAACUCGAGAACUUUGAGCCAAACUGCCAAUUUGUUCAGGCACAAGUCACUACUAUAUUGAAAUUGAUACUGGUUUGAGCAUUUGAUCUAUGAAAAGGGGCACCACAUUUCUCGAGGAUUUAAAACGAUGGCUGGAAUUGCUCUUACCUGCAGUACAACUAGCUCCAUGCUUUACUUUCGAAAGGAUAAGUUGUGAUGUUCAAGAAAAGUACCAAGGAAAUUACUGAGCUCAAGAAGACUUGAUAAGAAAGGUAACAUAAACGACUUGCUAAUGUUUUUUCCCUGCUGAACUGUAUUUUUCCUGUUACAUGUGAUAGACAAUACUUUUUUUUUCUCUUCUCUUUUGUCAAACCAAUUGGCAAUGCCCUGUGCCCCUGUGUGAAGCUACAUAACAGGCAUGAAAAGGUGAAUAACGCUUUGGUGUCGUACAAGUAGCCAAGUAGUUGAUCUUAGACUCUUAGCAUUAGAUGUGCCGCUAUCGAGUGGCCUUGUAUCUCUGUACUUAUAUAUAGAAUUUAACAGCUCUUUCGAUCCAGUAGGGUUGUACAUCAUAUAUAGCUAUAUUAAAUUCAGAGGAUGUGAAGAUGCUAUUUCAACUCAAAGGAUUGGAGAAGCA